AUGAAUCCACUCAUCCCAAUAAUCCUACUCUCAAGCCUAGGACUUGGCACAACCCUAACAUUUGCCAGCUCCCACUGACUACUAGCGUGAAUAGGGCUAGAAAUCAACACCCUAGCCAUCAUCCCAAUAAUAUCCCGACACCACCACCCCCGAGCAGUAGAAGCAGCCACCAAAUACUUCCUAAUCCAAGCCACCGCUGCCGCCCUAAUCCUUUUCGCCAGCCUAACCAACGCCUGACUAACAGGAACAUGAAACGUCCAACAGCUGACAGACCCAACAGCAACAACACUCGCCAUAAUAGGACUAGCCCUAAAAAUCGGCCUAGCCCCAGCACACUUCUGGCUACCAGAAGUCCUACAAGGGCUAGACCUGACAAUAGGACUAAUCCUUUCGACCUGACAAAAACUAGCACCAUUCGCCCUAAUCUACCAAAUCGCCCCAACAGUUCAACCAACCCUACUAAUCACCUUGGGAAUCAUAUCAGCACUAAUCGGCGGCUGAGGGGGCCUAAACCAAACACAACUACGAAAAAUCCUAGCAUACUCCUCAAUCGCCCAUCUAGGAUGAAUAAUUAUCAUCCUACAACUAAUACCACCACUCACAAUCCUAAACCUAGCAAUUUACAUCACCAUAACCACAACAAUAUUCCUAUCCCUAAAAACAAGUACCACAACCAAAAUUAACACAAUAGCCACAUCUUGAGCAAAAACCCCAGCCCUAGCCACAAUAACCACCCUCGCACUACUAUCACUAGGAGGCCUCCCCCCUCUAACAGGAUUUAUACCAAAAUGAUUAAUCAUCCAGGAACUAACCAAACAAAACCUAAACCCAACAGCCAUAGUAAUGGCGAUAGCAGCACUACUAAGCUUAUUCUUCUACCUACGACUCUGCUAUACCACAGCACUGACAAUCUCCCCAAACACAAACAACACAACCUCCCACUGACGCACCCCACCAACACAAACCAACCCAACACUCCCCCUAACAAUAACAGGAACAAUUAUACUAUUACCAAUCACGCCGGCCAUCCUCAGCCUGACAAGCU